CUGCGUGUCUGGCUCUGGCAUUUAUUACACCUGUGCCAAUUGUCGACCGCUAUAUGGAGGUCUUUCGCAUGAAGUCCGCCGGGUACAAUUGCGCAAUCAUGCAUAAUUUUGUGGUGCUCAAGCAACUGCACAGGAGCUUCAAGAAAAUACAAAACAUCUCACACAGAACUCACCGUCAGCUCUGCUCAAUAGCUUACAGAUGUGACUAGCAAGAUGCUGGCGAAGAACUUCUUGCAACUUUUCACCAUGCAUGACUAUUGAAACUGUGGCGGGCAGCAUCAUCACUGUCUCAAGCAUCAGAGGUGCAACAUUUGUUAUCAAGCGCUCCCCGCCGGGCUGUACAUCCAGUGACCAGUGCAACGCUCCGAGAUCCGAGACUGUCCCAGUGUUUACACCGCCACAUUGAUGGGUUCAUAUCUCAUUCAUAAAAGCUAACAAGGCCCAUGAUGUGUGUGUGAAGCACAUUUUUUAACCUCUACAUGGAGUAUACGACUAACGAUAUUGCAGCAGCGAGGAGCUUGCAGUUUGCUACGUACAUACACAUGUCGAUGGCUACAUUCUGGACUUAUGAUUAUGCAUGUUCACUUCAUGAAGAGUGGACAUUUUUGCUUCGAUCACGCUGGAGCAAGAUGAAAGGGCUCUAUAUCGUUACACGAUACCUCCCCUUCAUCUUUCUUGCCACGGAUAUAUAUUUGUACUUUACUCCGAAUUUGAACCCAGGUAAAUGUUGGGUGUGGGUCCAUAUUGACUUAGGGAUCGGCAUGCUAUUAGUUGUUUGCUCCGAUUACUUUUUCAUCCUCAGAACAUACGUGCUCUGGAACAAAAAUAAAAUCUUGCUCGCAGCCAUGCUGUUCACCUUUGUUUCUUUUCUCGUAGCAUGCUUCGGUGUUGCCUUUGCCACUACCAUCCCUGCAGCAUAUGUCACUAGCACAAUCCCAGGAAUCACAGGGUGCUACCGGAGUUCAACCAAUUACCAGCUUUUCAUACCAUUUCUUCUCCUUUCUGUGUUCGAAUUGGGACUCAUGAUCCUCACGCUCAUACGUGCCAUACAGGACUGGCGGGCAAACCAAAGCCGUCUGUACGUUGUCCGGGUGAACCAUAACAUAUCCUAUUAUGCAUGCGGUUUUUUGUUCUCGGUAACAAACGUCGCCACAAUACUGCUCUUUCAGGACUCCUACCAGACUAUUUUGUAUGGUUUCCAGUACAUGAUCCUUGCAAUCCUAGCCACGCGCAUGCACCUCCAUCUCUGGCAGGUGAACCGACAUCCACACGGCUCUACUAGCACCCUCGUGCAUGUUAUAUCCGACAUGUCAUUCGCAAAUCCCACGGAGUGAUGUCUCAUUCUGUGGCUUAUUCUAUGUCGUUCGUGGAGCGAGGCUUGGGCUGUACAAGAUGACUGGUGGAGGUGGGUUUGGUGGAGUUCUUUAUCUGCUUAACUUAUAGGAUGAGUCUGUUGCGAAGUGGGACGAACGUUUGGAUGUCCUUGGUCUAUUUAAUUCCCUAAUUUUGAAUGUAAGCAGCGGCUGAUUCAGGAUCCAGAA